CACCUACUACUACCUGGCCUGUGUCGACAUCACUCUUCCAUCCAUCCCGACCUUCAUCUCUUUCGUGUUUCCUCACUGCGUCUGGAGACACGUUACUAGUCGAUCUUAAAUACCCAGGAUUAUCGCAAAUCACCCAAUCUGGAGAUUCACACGUCUUACACUUGCUGGUGUCGUUGACCCUACCCCCUACCACCAUGGCGGACGGUCGACACCACAACCCGGCGCUGCAGCCUGAGAACUUCGACGCCUCGGAACUCACCAACGCUUUCGAACAAUUGAUGCGCAACAAGAGAUUCAACCAGCUUCAGGAACAGUCCCGAGCAUCCUCCCGCACACAAUCCCCAGCGCCCGCGGCUAUGUCCUCUGGCCUGUACCCGCCUCAUCCCUCGCGAGCACCACCACCACCGCCUCCGACCGCCGCCCAAUACCCUCCUCAAAUGCCUCCGCAAACGUCUGCUCAAUCACCCCUACUCCGCAGUCUACCUAUCGUUCCUGCUCCCCCACAAGAUCCGGCUUCCCUCAAAUUUCGCAACCUUCUCCACGUUCUUUCUGUAACACCGACCAAAUAUGAGAACCCAGGCCUUCUAGAUGAGGCUCUCGCCCAUAUCCCUCUCGACCGGUUGUACUCGGAAGCAGAGGAAGAAAGUCAGAUUAUGCAGGCUCAGGCAGCUAGUGUAGGAGGAAAGCCGGAAUGGGGAUACCAGGACUGCGUCAUUCGGGCGCUUCUAAGGUGGUUCAAGAACUGCUUCUUCAAAUUCGUCAACAAUCCCCCAUGUGCUCGAUGUGGCUCGCCCUCAAUCGCCCAAGGAAUGACUCCCCCGUCGCCUGACGAGACCGCACGUGGUGCCACUCGUGUCGAAUUAUACCGAUGCUCCGAAGGAAUGUGUGGCUCCUACGAGAGAUUUCCCCGCUACUCGGAUGUGUGGCAGCUGCUGCAAACUCGACGGGGACGUGCCGGUGAAUGGGCCAACUGCUUCAGCAUGUUCUGCAGAGCCCUUGGUGGCCGUGUACGAUGGGUGUGGAACGCCGAGGAUCACGUCUGGACUGAGGUUUACUCUGAGCAUCAGCGCCGCUGGGUGCAUGUAGAUGCUUGUGAGGAGGCCUGGGAUCAGCCCCGUCUCUACACUGAGGGUUGGGGACGGAAGAUCUCCUACUGCGUUGCCUUCUCGAUCGAUGGAGCUACCGAUGUUACUAGACGCUAUGUUCGAAGCCCGACACGGCAUGGCAAGGCCCGAAACCGUGCUCCUGAGGAGGUGCUUGUGUGGGUGAUCCACGAGAUCCGGAAGAAGCGCCGGGAGAACCUCUCGAAGACGGAUCAGCGACGCCUGAUGAAGGAGGAUGAGCGUGAAGAGAGAGAGCUGCGCGCCUACACUGCGUCCGCCCUUGCUGCCGAACUGAACAACCUCUUCCCCCAGAACACCACCACCGGGCGCCCCGAGGAUCAGAAGACGCCCGCCUCGCGGCAGGACGUUCCCAUGGAAUGGCUCGACACUCGGCAGAGAAACCAUGGCCAUUCUGGCCCCGACGGAUCGCACAACGGCCGGUAACUUUGCGCGUGUCUCAGCCCUCAACCCCCAUAAUGUCACCUUGCGGCAAGUAAGGCUCGGUGCCUCUUGAUCGGUACGCAGCGACCGGUCGGGACUUCGGUUCCCCGCAAGGU